CACCUCAAGUGCAAACGAAGAAACCUGCUGACCCUCCACGUGAUCUUCCUUUCACUCCCGUCCACCGACCCCUCGCUUAGUCCUAGCUCCAAGCCCGCUUUUCUUUCUAUCAAAAGGCAGACCGAGAGAAGACCAUCUUGCCAACAACGAACUACAAACCCGACACCAUGGAGGACGUCACUGUGAGUUUUGAGUCACUGUCCCUCCGAGGCAGACCCGGAUCCCCACUGCUACAUUUGCCUGGAGAGUUGCGAAACGAUAUCUUCGCGUACGUCUUUGACUGCGCCACUAUCUCGACCAGACCAAAUGGCAAACACCAACUUACCAAGAGCGGCAAAGGCGCGCUGCAUUCUUGCCGACAAAUCUACGAAGAGACGGCACAUCUCAAGAACAGUUACACCUCGUUGACCAUACCGUCCGAUCAGCCACUCUCCCUCGACGGUCUGUUCCAAGUCGUGCCCGAGUCGAAAUGCGCUACACUAGUGACGCUCACGUUGACGCUGUCUGCUGCCAUACUGAUCUGGGACGGCUGCAUGAGACUGCGACUCGAGAACAAGGACUGGCAAGACGCGCAGCUUGUUGCAGAGACGUUUGCGAGGCUCCGUCAUGUUGUCAUUGUUGUCAACAACCCCAAGCUUAAAAAGGCGACUAGGAAGCUCGCUCUCGUCCCCGCUAUGCGCCGUCUCUUCAGCAAGGAGGAUCUCGUCGUCAGCUUCACGCAGAUGUCAGUGCAACCAACCGCAGUUGGAGAUCCGAAUCUUGUCGAACUUGAACCUUCUCAGGUCAAUCUACCUAGUGCAGCGAUGGAUUCUGAUAUCGAGAUGGUGGAUGUGUGA